UUCUCCCAAGCACCCUUUGUGAUUUUCUGGUCUGGCUGGGUUUUGAAUCAAGGAUCCUCUGAUCUGAAGCCCAACGCUUAACCACAAGACCAUCACCUCCCCAUAUAGAAAUGCCCUUUCCAUAUAGAAAUAUAGCAAAUUAUAAACUUUCUGAUUAUUUUGUAGCGGUGACAUUCUUAAACUAAACAUGGUCAUACCUCCACACAAUGCGCUCGGUGCAUGCAUCACUUCCUUGUUUGUUGCUAGGAUGGUACUCUGUUUCUGGUUUUGGAAGUGUCGGUGUUAUGGCUGAGCCUGUGAAGUUCACCCGGUGUCUCUUGGAAUUACCGAAGUUCACUGUUAAUGAUGUGCGUCGUAUCGUCAGAGCAUCAAGUACAACGCCGCAGAAUAAACUUGAAAAAGGUUUCAAGUUUUACGUUUCGUCCUAACUCUGCAAUUUUGAAGGUAAGUCGCUGACGCUAAUUGAAGUUAGCCUGAGGUGGGAGCUAGCACCUGACUGUUGUUUUUUUGGUCACGAACCAAAUAACCAUCCUGUUUCAGGUUAACCAUGUUUGUAGAAAUGCCCAUUUUUGUAUAUUUGAUUGAAGUAUCAGGCAAAAACAAGGCCAACGAGGUAACAGUGAGGGUCCACUGCUACAGGUCUAUGAGGAAAACAGAUGCACCACAUCAGCUGAGAGUAGGACUGGUUAAAAUGGCACAAGUUCUGUUCAGUGUCAACGUUCAAAGUUCUGUUGAACAUGUUCAAAAGUUCGUUCAGCACAAGUUCUACCUUUUUACCCUUGUUCUAACUUAACAUUAACAACUUUGUUAAUCAUAGGCAAAGAUGUUGGUAGCCAGAUGCAGGUGAGUAGCUGAGAUGGAAUUAAUAAGCAGGUGAGGCAAUUUGGUCCAUUUGCCAAAGCAGUAGAGAAAUAAUAAACAAAUGGGAGGGAUUUUUUUACAUUUCGAGCUAUUAGCAUCUACCUCUAUGCCUCAAAAGCAGAAAAUAGUCCACCUCAACUAUUGUUAGAAGCAGAAAAUAGUCCACCUCAGCUAUUCUUCAAACUGCAUGUUCUAACUUCUUGUCACCUUAACUUGUAAACACAUUUCCUACUGUAUCAAUGAAUGUCUUAUCUUUUCAUGGCUCCAACUCUUAUACUUAACACAUUAUGAUGACACUCUUCACGAAGCAAAAUCUGCACUGUUCUGUUUUGGUGGCACAAAAUAAAUAAAUAAAUAAAAUAAAAUGAAGGCUUAUUUCACCUCUGUGUGUAAGUAUUUCAUCUGGACUGAAAAUUACGUUUAGACUGAAAAAUAUGUUUCAGUCACAGACCUAGAUAUCUAACAUGAGCUUGCUCAGUGAACUAGUAAUGUGACGAGUAAUGAAGAACAGUACAAAUGUUACAUGAGACAACAGAUGAGUGGCCUACACCACUGACAACAGGACAGGGCAGGUUUUGCUCCUACUGCCAUUGCUGGAGACAGUCUUUUCAAGAUAAUCAAUUUUGCCUCUGUGUUUUUCAGAUGACAUUACGUGAUUCAAAUCCAGUUGUGCUGAUCAACAGCAUCUGCUCCUGUGUGGCUGGUUGUGGGAUCUGCAACCACUUAGUUGCAUUGCUUUUCCAGACAGCCCAUUAUUCUGAAUGUGGCAUGUCCGUCGUCCCUCCUGUCCUGUCGUGCACAGAGACAGAGCAGAAAUGGCACAAACCCAGAACAAUGGGGGUGAAGCCUGGACCUGUAGAUGCAAUGGUUGUCCUAAAGCCCAAACCAGGUGCUACUACAACCAGUGGAAUAAGAUCAACACUUUACAAGGCCUACAUUGGUGUGCUUCCACACCCAGCUACCCUCAAUCCUGGACCUGCUUAUGCUGGAAUGGAAGCAGAAUCUCUCACACUCAUCUGCACAAUGAACAUCUCAGCUGACAAGCCACUUGUAGACUCCAUCUUUGGGAAGGUGCAAGCUGGCAGCAUACUGUCCUAUCAACCACAACCUCCAUCCGACAGUGUUGUCAUACAUGGAGAUGCACCCCCAUUCCCGAGUGUGCCACUAGAGGGUUACCAUCUAAGCCCAACUGAAUGUUCAUUUGUGCCAACACACCAAGAACAGCUACAUCUGAACUCACUGUCUGUGACCUUGUCACAGUCACACCUCACUGAGGAGGCAACAAGAUGCCAAAGUGCUUCACCUGAGUGGCAUUCACUUAGGAGAGAAAGAGUGACUGCCUCACAUUUCAGAGAGGUGAGCUACGUUAGAGGUCCAGGAACUGCAGAAAGCCUGGCAGAAAGAAUCAUACGAGAAACACGACAAACUGCACAAAUGAAGAGGGGACUGGAAAUGGAAACGGGGGCUUUGAAGGAUUAUGCCGUUCUGAAAAACUUGAACUUAACAAAGUCUGGGCUGGUGGUCCACCCAGAGGACCCAUGGCUGGGUCCAUCACCAGAUGGGCUUGUGUAUGACCCUUUGGAACGCCCAUCAUUUGGGCUUGUGGAAAUUAAAUGUCCCAAUGUCCAAAGUCAUACUGACUGCAAAUUUCUGAAGGUGACACAAGGCCUUCACAAAUUAAAGGAGGGUCAUUGCUAUUACUGGCAAGUUCAGGGCCAAUUACUGUUAACUGGAAUGCAGUGGUGUGAUUUUGUGAUCUGUGCGCAUGAUGACAUAUUUGUGCAGCGCAUUUACAGAGAAACCAGUGUAUUAGAUGAGCUGAAAAAGAAGUGUGACAUGUUUUUCUUUUACACUUACAUGCCAAAGUGCCUGUUCACGCACAAGUAAUUGAAAACGCAAAGAAGACAUGAACAAUUAAAAAAACAAUUUUAUUCAGUCUAUUGUAUUGAUAUGUAUUCAUUGUAUUGAAGAGUUGUAUUCAUUUAAUUUUCACAUUUUAACAGUAAAGGUAAAA